AUCCGCUGAGAAAGGACACAUAAAUUAAAAAGCCGGUCGCAAGCAACUCAGACGGAUCGGAGAGGCAGACGCAUUGGAGUGGCUUCCAAGUGGCAAACCAGAGAGAUGGUCAAAGGAAACUUUUCGAUCGACUGGCUUGCUCAGAGUAGCCGCGAGGGGUGCACUAAAGAGAAAGCUGAAGAACAACACAGCCUGUGCCUGCCUCUGUCUCCCAGCCUCUAUCCACGAAACUCAAUACAGCCCAAGACGGAUAUCGCCCAACAGAGACUAACAGAAAGUGGAGACCCCACCUGCGAAAUAAGCAGGCAAGCACUACCCUGGAUGGGAGAAUGCGAGCCACAACCGGCUCUGAAAGACUCAACCGGCGCGGAGUUGUCCAGUCGUGAGGAUUGCUGGGCCUCAGAGAGCGAGUCCGGCCGUUCAGACUGUACGGGCCGGGAAGAGGAGGAGGAGGAAGAGGCAGACAGAAGCCCGGAGGCUGACAGCGAUGGGCCUCGGCGUGUACGUACUGCCUUCACCGCCCAGCAGAUCCACAAGUUGGAGAAGAAGUUCAAGCGGCACACCUACCUGGGGGCGGCGGAGAGAUCCAGGCUGGCAGCUUUACUGCACUUAUCCGAGACUCAGGUGAAAACAUGGUUUCAGAACCGCAGGAUGAAACUCAAGCGCCAGCUGCAGGAUCUGUACUCGGUUUCCUUCGCUGGCCCCGCUUUGCUGACCAGCCCGGCGCGGAUGAGAGAGCCGCCUCUGCCACUCAGCUCCUUCCCAGGGUAUUACCUGCAGGCCACCAGCGGCCCCCAUCGCCUUCCCCAGGCCGCAUACCAGCAGCCGAUUGCCGGUCACUGCCCGAGUGUGGAGCAAAGCCUAUCUCCGUAUCAGGCCUUUCUUUUCCCGCUACUGCUGAAUCCCUCUCCAGGGGGCCUGUACAUCUGUUCCUGAUGACAAACCAGACCUUCACGAUGCCAGCAGCUAGGACUUGGGACUUUGGGAAGUCAUGUUGUGUGCAAUAUCGGUAACGAGGAACGCGUAUUAAAACUGAAAAAAAAACUGCCCUUAUUUAAUGCCCUAUUUAAUUUUGUAAUUUUCUAUCUAUUUUGAUAAUAAAAUUGA